AUGAUGGGCUGGUGGUCCAGCUCGGCCAACUCGGCCCUGGACGAGCAAAUUGAGAAAGCAACUAGCAGCAGCUUGGAGGAUAUCGCCCUGAAUCUCGAGAUCUCUGAUGUCAUCAGGUCAAAGACCGUCCAGCCCAAGGAGGCCAUGCGCUCUCUAAAGAGGCGCAUCGGCAACAAGAACCCAAACACCCAGCUGAGCGCCUUGAACCUCACCGAUACAUGUGUCAAGAAUGGAGGCACUCACUUCCUCGCCGAAAUCGCCUCGAGAGAGUUCAUGGACAACCUUACCUCGCUCCUCCAAGCCGUCGGACCCGCUGCCGUCAACCACGAAGUGAAGCAAAAGAUACUCGAGCUGAUACAGUCCUGGGCUGCCGCUACCGAGGGCCGCCACGACUUGGGAUACAUCGGAGAAGUCUACAAGACGCUGCAGAGAGAAGGCCACCAGUUCCCUCCCAAAAUCACUGUCGCCAGCAGCAUGAUCGACAGCAGCGCUCCUCCCGAAUGGGUUGAUUCAGAUGUGUGCAUGCGAUGCCGAACCGCCUUUACUUUCACGAACCGAAAGCACCACUGCCGAAACUGCGGUAACUGCUUCGAUCAACAAUGUUCGGCUAAAUCUUGCCCCCUCCCGCACCUCGGCAUCAUGCAGCCUGUCCGUGUCGACGAUGGCUGCUAUGCGAAGCUCACGGACAAGUCUGCCAAGGCAGGCGCGCCCUCGCCCCUGCCGCAAGAUCGAUCUCCGACAUACCCUUACAAGACCCGAAGCACAUCCGCUAUGCAGCCGCGUAACGCUCGUGUUGACGACGCCUUCGACGAGGACCUGAAGAAGGCCCUGGCUAUGAGCUUGGAGGAGGUCAAGGGCUACUCUCAGGGCUACGUUGCACCUACCGCCAACGGCCCAUCGGGCCCCAAGGCCAACAGCAACUCCGAACCCGCAGCACCCCAUGGUACAGACGAGGAGGACGAUGACCUCAAGGCUGCGAUUGCCGCUUCGCUGGCCGAUAUGGAGGAGCAGAAGCAAAGGCACACGACGGCUUUGAAGGAACAGACCUCAAGCGCUGGUCCAAACCCGACACAGCAGUUCUCCUUGCCAAAAAACGAUUAUGAACUCACUCCAGUUGAGGCCGAAAACAUUAACCUCUUUGCCACUCUCGUCGACCGCCUGCAGACGCAACCCCCUGGCACGAUUCUGCGUGAGCCCCAGAUUCAGGAACUUUACGACAGUAUUGGCACGCUGCGGCCAAAGCUUGCGCGCACCUACGGCGAGACCAUGAGCAAACACGACACGCUUCUUGACCUCCAUGCCAAGCUCUCUACUGUGGUCCGCUACUACGACAGAAUGCUGGAGGAGCGUCUCUCCAAGGCAUACAGCCAGCACGCCGUCGGGGGUUACAACCUUCCUAACCCUCGCAGUGCAUACCCCUCUCUUCACGCGAGCGCGCCCAACAGCGCUGGCCCUGCCGAAAACUUUUAUACCGGCUCACAACAAGUCGACUACGGCCACGCACCGCCACCUCAAGCAUACCAUCAACAUUCACAACAUACACCCCAGCCCCCAUAUGCGACUUUCGACAAGCGCGCCUCCAUGGCUGGUCCUCCUGGAGGUACUUAUCCUCCCCAGGAGCCCCAACGGACAGAUAGCUGGAGGGUCGCAGCUGCUGCCGCCCCUGACGGACAGUAUGCGCCGCAGCAGCCGUAUGCUCCCAACGAGCCACCUCAGCCAGCCCAUCAGAACCAGCCUGGCCAACCUGCUGGAACACCUUCGACUGAUCCUAACGCUUCGUAUUACUUCAAUCCUCAACAACCUAGCGCACCCCCUUCCGCUCCGCCCUCUGCAGACCCUAACCCAUCCCCCUACCCAAAUCUUCAACAGUCAAUGCAAUAUCAACAGUCCGCGCCUCACCAGCAAACACCCGUUCAAGCACCUGCACAGCCAGCGCAGCCAGCACAGCAACAAGCCCCGCCACAGCAACAAAGCUACUGGCAGCCGUCGGUGCCGCAGCAAUCGGCACAUCCCCAACAGCAAUGGCAGGGCCAAUACAAUAACGGAUAUACCCAGGAGUCGUUUCCGUCUGCACCUCAGAACGCACCCAAGCAGCCGGCAGUGGAAGAAAGUCUCAUUGAUCUCUGA